GUGAACACGUCUGCGGCUGAAGGUUUGAUGGGAAUUUAUCUGGACUUCUUUAUGGAAAAGGAGAUCUCAGAUUUUUUUGUAAUUUAUUUAGGAAAAUUAGGAUUUAGUUUUAAAUUGUUUUAUUUAAUAGAAUAUUUUCUGUUUUAAUUUUUGUCAGUUUAUUUUUUUCAUUAUAAAACAAAGUUGGACACCAGGUAAAACAUGGGAUUUAUGAAAAACGUCAUGAGAAAGUAAACUUUCCAAGUGUGCAGAAGUCAAAUCAACAUUUUUAUAAAAUGAUCAGCCCAUCCAGGAGUAUAGAGGACCAGAAAGGUGUCGGUGAAAGCCCAGCUCCCAAACCAGAACUUUCCCGGUACCGCAGCUGGAGCAGCCUCCGCUUCUCCAGGUGGAGAAGCAGCUCCCAGAGGACCAACAGCCCUCCUGGUACCCCCUCCCCAAACACAGAGAAAAGGAGCGAUGUGACCAGGACCCUCUUCUCCCUGGUCAAGACACAUAACGAUGACUACUCUGCAGACCCUGAUGGCACGCUGGACAUCGAUGGAGACGGGGAAGGACACAUCGAUGACCUCCUGCAGGACCAGUCCACCUACUUCCAGAAGCAGUUUGGCUCCAUGCUGCAGCCGGGGGUCAACAAGUUCUCCCUGCGCAUGUUUGGAAGCCACAAGGGGGUCGCUGCAGAACAGGAAAGGGUCAAGAGCUUCGGAGUGUGGAUCAUCCACCCCUACAGUGACUUCAGAUUUUACUGGGACAUUGUCAUGCUCUUGUUGAUGAUGAGUAACCUGGUGAUCCUGCCCUGGGGAAUCACCUUCUUUGAAGACCAGAACACCAUGCCCUGGAUCAUCUUCAACGUUCUGUCUGACACUCUCUUUCUUAUGGAUCUGGUUUUUAACUUCCGUACGGGAAUCCUGGAGGGAGACAGCCACAUUAUCCUGGACCCCAAAGAGAUCCGCAUCCAUUACCUCCGCACUUGGUUCAUGGUGGACUUCAUCUCCUCAAUUCCUGUCGACUACAUCUUUCUCAUUGUGGACAUGGAGUCCCGGCACGAGUCAUCCGACGUUUACCGUACCGCCCGGGCUCUACGAAUCGUGCGUUUCACUAAGAUUCUCAGUCUGCUUCGUCUUCUCCGGCUUUCCCGACUCAUCCGAUACAUCCACCAGUGGGAAGAGAUUUUCCACAUGACCUAUGACCUGGCCAGUGCUGUAGUGCGCAUAGUCAACUUGAUUGGAAUGAUGCUUCUGCUGUGCCACUGGGAUGGCUGCCUGACUUUCAUGGUUCCCAUGCUGCAGGAAUUUCCUUCAGACUGCUGGGUAUCUAAAAACAACAUGGUGAAUGCUACCUGGCACAUCCAGUACUCCUACGCCCUGUUCAUGGCCAUGAGUCACAUGUUGUGUAUAGGAUAUGGAGCUCACCCUCCUGAGGGCAUGAGUGACGUCUGGCUCACCAUGAUCAGCAUGGUGGUUGGAGCCACCUGCUAUGCCAUGUUCCUGGGUCACGCGACCAACCUGGUCCAAUCCCUGGACGCGUCCCAUCGCCAGUAUCAAGAGAAGUAUAAGCAAGUGGAACAGUACAUGUCGUUCCAUAAACUGCCAGCGGAUGUAAGGCAGAGGAUUCACGAUUAUUACGAGCAUCGAUUCCAAGGCAAGAUGUUUGAUGAGGACAGCAUACUUGGAGAACUCAGCGAUCCACUCAAGGAGGAGAUCGUCAGUUAUAACUGUCGAGGACUUGUAGCCAACAUGCCGCUCUUUGCCAACACUGACCCUCACUUUGUGACUGUGAUCCUGACCAAGCUGCGCUUUGAGGUCUUCCAACCAGCCGAUUUUGUAAUACGAGAAGGAACGCUGGGUCGGAAAAUGUAUUUCAUCCAGCACGGCACUGUCACUGUCAUCCCACGAGGCAGUAAGGAGAUUAGGCUCAGCGAUGGAGCGUAUUUUGGAGAGAUCUGCCUGCUAACUCAGGGACGGAGAACUGCCAGCGUGAGGGCUGACACCUACUGUCGGCUGUAUUCCCUAAGUGUGGAUGAUUUCAACGAGGUCCUGGAAGAGCACCCCCUGAUGAGGAGGGCGUUUGAAAGCGUGGCCGUGGAACGACUGGACCGAGUUUCACGCAGACCCAGUUAUCAGCCUCCAUCUGCUGAAUCGGACUGACUCCCCAAACAGAAAGAGGCCAGACUGAAAUGUGGUGCACACCCAUCACACCAUGUUUUAAUGUUUAAUAAUCACUGUUAUCAUGAUGUGAACCAGCUGAAGACAUCUAUUUAUUACCAUGCUGCUGCAGCACGUUGGUUGAAACAAAUUUGCACCUUCAGCUAACUAAAUGUUACUUGAAUCUCAAUAAGCUAAAUGCUAAUUAAAUCUUUAGUUGUUCUUGUUAAACUCACUGUAAUUUACAAACUGAAUGAACCUUUGACUAAGCUUUGUUCUCUCUUCCUGCACAAAUUACAUUUUAAUCAUAUUUGCUAUAAAACCAUCAGAUUCAUAUAGUUUGAAGUCAUAAAUGUGGCUUUAAGGAGCUGCAAUACCACUUUGUGUCACACAGAAGCUUACUAGUGCACCAAGCUAAAACUUUCUGGAUAGCAUAACUGUAAAGUUUCAUGGUUUAGGUCAAGUGGGAGGUGUGAUCACAGUUGAACUUAUUUUUAUAAAGACAUGUUUUACACAAUCCAUAACGGAAAUGAACUUUCACUGAUUAAAUAUUCUUAGGAUUUACAGGGUAGAAUUAUAAAUAUGGAAAUUUGUUCGUUACACUAACACUUGUUAUUUUCAAGCCUGAACAAGUGCUAAUUGGUUUUAAUUUUAAAUUUAAGAACAGAUUUAGUCAAAAAUAAGUAAUUUUAACCCAGUUGCACUAACCUUUAUUUUAUUCAGAUUAAAUCAUGUUCUUUUUCACAACUUGUACGAAACUCACAAAAGUACUUUAUUUAUCCAACAAAUCUUGUUAGUUUUUUUUAACAGAAAAUGCUUGCUUCCUUUCUGUUUAAAUCAGACUUUAAAAUAAAAUGUGUCCUUACUGAUUAUGCAAUGUAACUGUGAAUAUUUGAA